CGCGAUUACCAGGUACCUAUUGUCACGGUGCGGCGUCGAGUCAUCGUCAUCCAUCAUUUCUAUCUUCUAAUGAUAACUUCAGGCAACAGCAACCUCUUUUAUCUUAUCCAUUUGAACUCGAUCUACACCGCUUAGAUGGAUACCGCUAACCAUGCGGUCACAAUUCCAUUGUAUAAGAGGGCUUCACUUUAAUUCUAUAGCAUCAAAUAAAUUACCUUCACUGAUCGUGUGAGUCCCACGCCAACAUGGGUGUGAACGGGCUCUGGACCGUGGUGCAGCCCUGUGCCCGUCCAACGAAUCUCGCCACCCUAAAUCGUAAACGUCUCGCUGUCGAUGCAUCUAUCUGGAUAUAUCAGUUCCUCAAGGCCGUUCGCGAUAAAGAAGGAAAUGCUCUGCGCAACUCGCAUGUUGUAGGCUUCUUCCGCCGCAUAUGCAAACUACUAUGGUUCGGCAUUCAACCUGUCUUCGUGUUUGAUGGUGGUGCUCCCGCCCUGAAGCGCCAGACUAUCACAAACCGAAAACGGAGACGGGAGGGCCGAAGGGAGGAUGCGGUCCGUACGGCUGGUAAGCUGUUAGCCGUGCAGAUGCACCGAAUAGCAGAGGAAGAGGACGAGAAGCGCCGGAGGAGAGUAGAGCGUGAAGCGGAGGGAAGACCGGACGUAGAUGAGCCUGCUGAAGAGCUUCCCGAUGCAGAGCAGCUAGUUUAUGUGGAUGAGCUGGGAAUGAGCCAAGCCGAACGGCAGAAGAGUAGGAAGUUCUACAAGCAAGAUGCCUAUCACCUACCAGAAUUAGACGGAGGUAUUGAGGGUAUGGGUCGACCGGAAGAUCCUCGCAUUAUGAGUAUAGAGGAGUUGGAGGAGUAUGCAAGGCAAUUCAACAGUGGCGAGGAUAUCAACGUCUACGACUUCAGCAAGAUCGACUUCGAAGGCGAGUUCUUCAAGAGUCUACCACCCGUUGAUAGAUAUAAUAUCCUUAACGCAGCCAGAAUACGAAGUCGAUUGAGGAUGGGUUUAAGCAAAGAGCAAUUGGAUGGCAUGUUCCCUGAUAGAAUGGCAUUUUCCCGAUUUCAGAUCGAGAGGGUGCGGGAGAGAAAUCAUUUAACGCAACGACUUAUGCAGGAAGCCGGAAUGACCGGUACUGAUCUUACCCUAGCAAAAAAUGCGCGUAUAGCAGGCGAGAAAGAUCGCGAAUAUAUCCUGGUCAAGAACGAAGGGGCCGAGGGUGGAUGGGCUCUUGGUGUUGUUAGCAAAGAGAAAGAUCGUGGCGAGAUACACAAACCUAUCGACGUUGAUGCCCUAGAUUUUCAGUACCAGGCUAAGGAAGAUGAUGACGAUUGGGAGGACGACGACGAUUUCGAAGAUGUACCUAUCGAAGGUAUAAAUCGUUUACCAAGAGUUGAGCCCGAAGCUAGAGCUGCUUAUGAUGCCGAGGUGCGAAGACGACAAAUAUACGAAACUAGAUUACAAAAUGGACAGGGAGACAUUCCCGCUGAUGACGAGGAUGAGUCUCUAUUCGUUGGAGGGGACGCUGGAGAUAGCGUCAAUGAUCUCUUUGAGUCUCGAAAUGGGGAGGAUAUCCUUAUUAACGAUGAGGAAGAGGACCUUAGCCGAGCUAUCGCCUUGUCUCUGAAGAACCAGCAUAGAGUGACCUCAUCGGGAGAGGGGGAAGAAGAGGAAGAAGAAUUUGAAGAUGUUCCUGCUCCCGAGUGGACCCAAAAAGCUACAGAAGGGCCAAAGCCGAUCGCCUCCACAAGCGGGAAUAUGAUCGCGCACAUUGUGAACAAUAGAGCGAAUGCAGCGAUAUCUAAGCCUAUGCCAGUACGACGGGAUAGCAACGGGAGUAGUGAUAGUGAAGUCGAUCUACGAGCUGCUCUAUCAAAAAGGAAAAAGAAGGCACCAGUCUUUAAACCCCAACCUGCGCCAGUAGUUCGAAAUGUAAAGAAUCCAUUUGAUGGGCCUUUGCCGUUCGAGAAACUGGACUGGAAGUCUAGUAUUUUUGCAAAUAAAGAAAAGGCGCUCGCAAAAGUAACCGAGAAGGAGGCUGAAGAAGAACUUGCGUCUGAUGAGCUCGCAGGUGGCUUCAUACGGGAUGGCGGUGAUGAUUCUGAUGCUGAUGCUGAUGACAAGGUACAAGAAAGUGAAGCAGCGCGUCCUCUGCCACCAUGGAUGAUGCAAGACGAAUCGGAUAUCCGCGAAUCUCUAAAGGCGCGACGAGCCAUCGAGCAUGAAAUUAAUGAGCAGGAUCGAGAAGCUGCACUCGAAGAAGAAAGACGGUGGCGCAAGGAUGCAAUUAUCGAGAUCGAGUCAUCGGACGACGAAAGUGAUAUUCAAGUCAUUGGGGCACCCCCGUUACCGCAUCAGAAGAGCCCUGUACACGUGGAAGAGAAUCGAGGCACACCACGGCUAUCUCCUGCUACUUUUACAAGAGUCAAUCUUCCAGUUGCCGACGAGGAAGACCAAUUUGAGGACACGCGCCGCGCAGAUAUCGUACAAGAGCAAGCUGCUUCCCAAGUCGAGGCAAUUGACGAUACAGUAUCUAGUCCUAAGUCGGCCUCCAAAUCAACUUCACCGGAACUGGAUUUUGGAGAAGUUGAGAUUUUACAGCCGCCAGAAGAACCAAUUAGCAAUGAUGUUGCUCCUGAGCCAGCAUCUCCCGAGCCUGCUUUCGAGGAUGUUGAUGCGCCUGCGCCGGAAGCUUUUGACUCACCUGAUAGAUCGGAACCUGUAGCCGAGGCUACUAACGACGAGAUUUUUGGCGAUGCCGAGUUUGAUGACAACGAAUUUAGCGAUCCUGAGGAAGAGGAGCUACUUGCCCAGAUGGCUGAAGAAGCCGAAGAACAUGCACGUUUUGCUAGUCAGCUAAAUCACAAGUCCGAGAAGGAGAACCAAGAAGCCUAUGAGCGAGAACUCAAAGCGCUACGAACACAACAGAAGAAGGACCGAAGAGAUGCGGACGAAGUUACUCAGAUCAUGAUUACCGAAUGUCAAGCUUUAUUGCGAUUUUUUGGUAUUCCUUACAUCACCGCGCCAAUGGAAGCAGAAGCUCAAUGUGCCGAGCUGGUUAAUCUUGGCCUGGUCGAUGGUAUAGUGACGGACGAUUCGGAUACCUUUUUAUUUGGCGGUACGCGAGUGUAUAAGAACAUGUUCAAUAGCAACAAGUUCGUCGAAUGCUAUCUUGGAUCCGAUCUUGAGAAGGAACUAUCGCUCUCCCGCGAACAACUAAUAUCCUUAGCCCAAUUACUCGGCUCUGAUUAUACUGAGGGUCUUCCAGGGGUUGGACCUGUGACCGCCGUCGAGAUACUUUCCGAGUUUCCUGGUAAAGACGGGCUCACGAAGUUCCGAGAGUGGUGGCAGGACGUCCAGAUCAACAACCGCCCAAAGGAAGCAGAUCAAUCAUCAAUUUUCCGAAGGAAAUUCCGCAAAUCUCAGGCAACGAAGCUGUUCCUACCUCCCGGCUUCCCUAAUCUAGCCGUCUACGACGCUUACUUACACCCCGAGGUUGACAGCACCCCAGACCAGUUCCAAUGGGGCGUACCUGACGUAGCGGGCCUACGACAAUUUCUAAUGAGCACAAUCGGAUGGAGCGAGGAACGAACAGACGAAGUCCUCGUCCCAGUGAUCAGGGACAUGAACCGUCGGGAGGCCGAAGGUACACAGAGUAACAUCACAAGGUACUUUGAGGGCGCCGUCGGUGUCGGGGCAAAAGAAGCAUUUGCCCCGAGGCAGAGGGUCCAGGGGAGCAAGCGCAUGGCUCAGGCGGUUAAUAAGCUGCGCGCAAACGCUGUGGUUGGGGGUAUUUCCACUGCUGCCGCAGCAGAAGCGGAAGCAGAGGACGAAAGUCUUGCACCGCCCCCACAGCAAUCUGCGCGGAGGAAGAGGAAGGCUGGGAAUGCGAUUACGAUUGAUGACGACGACGAUGAUGAAUACGCCGAUGGUAGCGAGGGAAAUAGGAAUAAAGAUAAUAGCGUUAAGAAAACUGCUGGCAGGCAAAAGGGCAGAGGCGCGAAAAGGGGAAAGAGAACUAAGGCGUCUGCGUAGAUUGUCCCUUUCCCUAGCAAGACCGCACCACUGUGUAGAAUUAAUCCUAGAGGGCUCAGGCCUUGUGUACUAUUUACCAUUUUGCGAGAUGAGAAAUUUAGAUGUUUAUAUAUUAA